AUGACCAUCUACACGGCGAGCACCGGAAACUGCAAAGAACCCGCUUUCGAUAAGGCCUUCUAUUUGUUCUGCGGAAGCCUGUUGAUACUCUUUUCUCCCUUGAACCAAAAUGACUGCGACAGGAAGGGUCAUAUCAGGAUGAUUCUGAUGGCCAUGGUCAUCCCGGGAAUAUUUGCUUUAAUGGCCGUGAGGACCAAAAAGCCGAUCUAUGUGUUGUUAUACAUUAGCACCAUCAACGCGUUGCUACUUGCGUUCUACUAUAUGUCGGCGAAGAUUGCUUUCCUCGAGGACAAAGAGCCAGCUGAAUCCGCUGACUGUUUCUAUGGCUGGCUGUGUAAAGCAAAUGGAGAACUCAACGAUCUCGGCCUGUUCCUCCACAGCCUGACCGUUCUGAUCCCAGGCUUCGAAGUCUGCUUCUACAACUGGGCCGGCAAGGUGGCGUACGACUAUCUAUGUGAACGCGAGUCCGACCUGAACCCGAUGAAAUCGGCCACGAAACAACAGCCAAAGUCCCAAAUUCUUCCGCUCUAUGUCGAGCCGGCCCGGGUGCCGCAACCACAAUUUCUGGAAAAGAUGAGCGAAGUA